CUCUUGAACUUGACACAGGUGACACCCGCCAAGACUGUUUCAAAGAAAAAACCCAUGGAUCCAGUUCACAUGUCAACACCUGUCAAUCCUAAUCAACUUCACAGCUCAUCACGUUCAGCCACAGUCAACAAAAUGCCAUUGUCAAAUUAUCGUAAUAGGGAUGAAAACAAGGAAAACUUCAGUCUAGUGACAUCAUCAGUGAAGAAAACUAUUAAAGGCCACCCAAUUACAAAGCAUGGUCCAGAAAUAACACCACUGUCUUCCAUACCACAAUGGCACAGAAAAAGAAUACUUUUAUCCUGCAAUUCUGUUCCUUCUAACAACAGCAAUGAUGCUACAAAGACCCUAGACAGCACUGCAGGGUUAACCCAAAUAUUCCAGAAGGCUGAUCGCAUUGGUGAGCUCAUCAAUCAAGAUGUUUCCGAUAUGGCCACUGAAGACAUGGAUGAGUUUGAGAAGUUGAUAAUGGAAUUUGAAAAGGAAUGCAUGAAUGGCCAACUAUUCAGCUCAGGUAAGCUUAACUUUUAA